AUGGACCUCCUCCUCUAUAUCGCAGUGGUGGCUAUCAGAGUGCGGGUGUGGAUGCUUGUAACGAUCAGCAGGUACCAGGACGUGCCUAGCGACGACGAGGCGGCGCUCACCUCGGCGGUAACCAACCAGCCGGUCUUCGUGACCAUCGACGCGCACAACUUCCAGUUCUACCACGGCGGCGUGAUGACCGCGGACAGCUGCGGCACAGACUUGAACCAUGCGGUGACGGCGAUCGGGUACGGCACUAUGGAGGACGGGAGCAAGUACUGGCUGCACAAGAACCAGUGGGGGGAAACCUGGGGCGAGGGAGGGUACAUGAGGCUCGAG